AUGCUGCUUGCUGGCCACCCACGCCAUGCGCCCGCGGACGUCGCGUCAACACGCCUGGCGCCGACCGAGUGGGCGUACGUGGCCGAAGGCGGCGCCAACGUCGUCUUCCGCUACACGGGUCCAUCGACCUCGCCACUGCAUGGCCACGUCCUGCGCAUCCGCAAGGCCGGCGUCCGCGGCGCGACGCCGUCCGAUAUCGUGGCCUUUGCAUCCACCCACGUGCCGCUCGGUAGCGCGGUCACGUAUGCCCAAGUCGCCCAGGCCAUCGACGUGGCACCGGCGUUUCUUGACGCGAUGAACGCGUCGCUGGCCGCGGCGGAUCGGCCGUUGCACCGCCAAGCGUCGCAGCUCAACCUCGAGAUGCGCACGGUGCUCUUGCUACCAAACGUCGCGUUCGACGCGAAGGGCGCGUUCAGUGUCGAGAUCAAGCCCAAGUUUGGCAAAGUCUUUGACGCGCAUGACGACGUGCACGCGAGCAAGCGUCGCGCCUGUCGGUUCUGCAUGCACCAGCAACUCAAGCUCGCUGAAGGCAAGGUCGACGCCGUGAGCACGUACUGCCCCAUCAUGCUCUUUGCGCGCGAUACGAUGGACGACGCGCUCGACGAGCUCCUUGCGACGCCGCAGAACAACCUCCGCCUCUUUCCGAACGACCUUGGCAUGGACCGGGACCACCUCCGAGAGCUGCUCUCGGCCGUCUUGCGGCGCGUGCCCGUCCUCGACGACCUCGCUCGCAUGCACGCGCUCGAUCGUUUGGACAUUGAAGGUCUCUAUCGGCUCGCAGAACUCGACGCGCAGCUCGCUGCCGAGACACCGCUGCCGACGACGACCCUCGGCGAGCUGCUGGCCGAUACUAGCCCACCGCCGGAGGUGCUGCGGACGCUUCAAAAGGCAACGGCCGACCGUGCGUGGACGACGCUGACGCUGGGCGAAUGGCAAGAGCUCUACCAGCGCCUCGUCGACGAGUUUAUGGUCGCCACGACGUACAAGGACUGCUCGCUCUUGCUGGCGCUCGCGCCGUGCGACGCUGCGGCGGAUGGGAUGGAGAAUAUCGUCGUGCUUCCUGACGACUCGACGUACCAGUACCAAGUCGCGAUCGUGGACCUGGACCUGAAAACGCACAAGUCGUUGCGCUUCUACUACGAGCUCGACGGCCAGAUUGCACAGGCGUUCGACGACAGUACUCGAGUGGAAUGCAGAUAG